AUGUUUGAUUGCCUAGAGGUCUACGACAAGGAGUUGCCAAUGGACCCAGUACGACUGAUGCAUGAGUUGUAUCCGGACCUGAAAAUCUCUGAGGUUGAGUGCUUGUCAAAGAACAGUGCAAGUGAUAACUCCAAUGUCGCCUCCUCUGGGAAAAGAGAAGAUGUGCAGGUGGCUGGUCAACGCGUUCGUGUGAUGGCCAAGUACAAGGGUCAAUGGUUGAGUGGGGAAGGCAUCAACGUCCGCACCGCAAAGCUGAAAAUUGCUGAACGGUUGGGUAUUGGAUUUUCUUGA